AUGCGGACUCUACACCAACUAGAUGUCAACAAUGCGGUUCUUCAUGGUGACCUAGUUGAAGAAGUCUACAUGAAACUCUCUCCUAGUUUUACCCCUCAAAAACCUGGUCAGGUGCAAGCUCUAUCUGAUUCCUCUCUAUUUCUCAAAGGUGAAGGAGAUAAUUUUGUGGCCCUACUUGUCUAUGUUGAUGAUGUUGUAAUAGCAAGUCCAAAUCAAGUUCAGCCGAUCAAAAGGCAUUUAGACAAUGUCUUUCAUAUUAAAGAUUUAGGCUUCUUGAGGUUCUUUCUUGGGUUAGAGAUUGCAAAGAAUAGCUCUGGAAUUUCCAUGACACAAAGAAAAUAUGCAUUAGAACUCUUGGAGGAAACAAUAUUUACAGACUGUACAGACUGCAAGCCAGCAAAAACACCUAUGGCUACCUCAGCAAGGUUCAGCAAAGACAUUGGUGAAAAACUUGAAGAUAUUGUCCUACCAACAUACAUAUGCAAGUAUGCCACCCAACAAUUAUCUCAAUUUUUAGAUUGUCCUACCAACAUACAUAUGCAAGCAGCUCACAGAAUUCUAAGAUACAUUAAGGCAGCCCCAGGUCAGGGUAUCUUCUUCUCAGCAAAGUCUUCUUCCUUACAGCUGAAGGGAUGGGGAUUCUUCUCAGCAAAGUCUUCUUUACAACGGAAGGGAUUCACUAAUUCAAACUGGGAUGCUUGUUCAGACACCAAGAGAUCAGUUACACUGGAGGUAUCUUGGAAAUCCAAAAAGCAGGUCACAAUCUCAAGGAGUUCCUCUGAUACUCCUCUGAUACAGAGCCACCUCACUGGUAUCUUGGAAAUCCAAAAAGCAAGUCACAAUCUCAAGGAGUUCCUCUAUACAGAGCUUUAG